AUGGGUAUAUCGCCCUUCAAGAUCGAUAUACCCGAACAUGAAGUCGACCGGCUUAAGAGGAAGCUGCGAGACACGAGGCUGCCAAAACGGCCGAUUGUUCCUGAGGCAGGCAGCGAUUAUGGCCCUCCUGUAGAGUGGUUUCAUCGCCUCCACAACACAUGGCUGCAUGACUUCGACUGGUCCUCUGUGCAAACGCAUCUGAACCGACAUGAUCACUUCCUUGCGGAUAUUGACGACGAGGCUUUCAGCCUCAAGGUUCAUUUCACGCACACCAAAUCUAUCAGAGAUGAUGCCAUCCCGCUCAUGUUCAUCCACGGCUGGCCUAGCUCCUUCCACGAGUUUGAUCGCGUGGUUGACGCACUCGCCAAUCCGGAGGACCCCUCGCACCGCGCAUUCCACGUCGUCGUUCCCAGUUUGCCAGGCUUCUGCUGGUCUUCUCCUCCUCCACGACGAGGCUGGACCAUGAAAGAUACAGCCCGAGUGUUCAACAAACUCAUGAAUCAGCUCGGGUAUAACAGCUAUGUGGUCCAAGCCGGUGACUGGGGCUCAUUUGUUGCUCGCGAGUUGGGCGCCCGCUUCGAAGAAUGCAAAGCUGUGCAUUUCAACUUCUGUCCCGUCGAGCUGGAUGAGAGUAUCACCGACCUGACGCCCCGGGAGAAGGUAAUCAAGCAAAGACAGCACGACUGGCUAGACAAGCACCUGGGAUAUGCAGUCGUCAUGCGCACCCGUCCACACACCAUCGGCUUUGCCCUGACAGACAACCCAGUCGGCAUCCUGGCGUGGGUUGGAGAGAAAUUCAUCGAAGCCGUCCACCCGUCGAAGCUCGAACCUCCAGAUCCAGUCUGGGACCAAGCGAUUCUUACGACGUGCAGCUUGUACUACUUCGCGGAUUGUAUCAUGACUUCAUCGUUGCCAUACUUUGAGGGCAUCAAGCACUCUGAGUUUGGGAAUUUCUUCCUCAAGAAGGAGAACUAUGUCAGCGUCCCGAUGGGCUAUACCAGUUUUCUGUAUGAUACGAGGCCCGGGACUGAGAGGAGUGUGAAGCAGACGGGGAACAUGGUAUUCUACAAUGAGUGUGACGAUGGCGGCCAUUUUGCCGCGCUCGAAACACCCGACGUCAUUCUUCGGGACUGUCGGAAAUUCUUUGGUCAGUGGUUCAAGACUUGA